AGUCUCAUCAGCAUAGGUGAUGGGUCGAGAUGCGAGUGGGGCUAGAGCUAGUAUAAAAGAGGGUCCGUGGCAUCUGUGGAGCAUCAGUCCUCAAAUCCAAGGAACAGCAGCUACCAUGAGGGCAUUCAUGAUCGUGGUGCUCGUCGCUUCAGCGAUGGCGCGGCCAGAAGCCGGUUACUCUUACUCUCAGCCUAGCUCUUCUUACGGAGCACCAGGAGGUGGAACUACUGGAAUCGGUGGAGGAUUAGGUGGUGGAUUAGGCGGUGGACUUGGAGGUGGACAUGGCGGUGGAAUCGGCGGUGGACUGGGCAGUGGAUUGGGCGGUGGACUUGGCGGUGGACUUGGUGGUGGAUUCGGUGGAGGUUUCGGUGGUGGCUUUGGAGGUGGCAUCGGUGGCGGUGGCGGUGGAGGUUUUGGUGGAGGCGUUGGAGGAGGCGGUGGCUUUGGAGGUGGUUCUCUGAUUCAGAAACACAUUUACGUGCAUGUGCCACCACCAGAAGCCCCAGAAGACAGACCAACCAGACCUAUUGCACCACCUCCACCACCUCAGAAACAUUAUAAGAUUAUAUUCAUCAAGGCACCUACACCACCAACUCCCACUGCUCCUGUUAUUCCUGCUCUUCCUCAACAAGAUGAACAGAAGACAUUGAUUUACGUGUUGGUUAAAAAGCCAGAAGAAGCACCAGAAAUCACAUUGCCCACCAUUGCUCCUACUCAACCGAGCAAACCAGAAGUAUACUUCAUCAAAUACAAGACCCAGAAGGAAAUUACUUCUGGUGGUGGAGGCGGCGGCGGCGGCGGUGGAAUCGGCGGUGGAAUCGGUGGUGGAAUUGGAGGUGGAAUUGGCGGAGGAAUCGGUGGCGGAAUCGGUGGAGGAAUCGGUGGAGGAAUCGGUGGUGGGUCCGGUGGAGGUAUCGGAGGGCUGGACGGUCAUGGCGGCAGCGGACCAAGCGGACCCAGCACAUCUUACGGGACACCUGGCGCUUCAGGGCCUUACUAGUCACUCAAAAUGCCCAUUGAACCCCCGCAGCUCCUCCUCUACCCGUAAUCGAACCUAUGUCUACGCUCCGCGACACGCACGCAUUCACGGCUUCGGCCAGGGCUUUAGCCACGGCUCAAUAGCGAUCCUAUUGGACGCGACACACUGUGAUCCCACGUGGACGACCGCGCUGACGAGCAGGAACAAAAUAAUCGAGUGGACAUUCGAUAGUAACACGAGGCUCCUGCUCGCGAUUCGGCGUUAUAUGAUUAGUAAGAAUAAUGCAAAGACGACCACAAUUUUGUGGAUUACCACGAUGGCUAGGAUGAUGAUGAUGAUGAUGACGAUGAUAAUGAUGAUGAUAAUAACGACGACAAUCAAGAUGAUGAUGAUGAUGAUGGUGAUUCUAACAAAUGUUAGAAACAUGAUAACCAAGACGACGACGACGACAACGAUUAGGAUUAAAUG